GUAAGGGCAAAGGCAAGCUGGCGAGCGACGUGAAGUGACCGUGGCGAGCCAUAGGGGUUUUCCUGCUUCCGCACAUGUUUUACUUUACAGUUAAAUUCAUGUUUCGGCUUUCUGCAUAUUUACUUUGGUUAUUUUUGUAGAUAGGGCCCGCUUAGGGAUUUAAACUUAACUCGUAUUUCUACAUGUUACUUUAACUAUCUUUCAUAAAUAAAUUUGCUAGAUUUCUUUGCAUUUAUUUACACCAGAUUUUAUGACUUAAACACUGAUCCUAGAUUUAGUAACCACUUCGAUUCAGCAUAAAGAGUCGGGUCGUUACAGUUGGUAUCAGAGCGCAGUGUUUUAGGUCCUGUAGACUGACUUAUGAUGUAAGUCAUUUUGUUUUGAUUUUUACCUCACCCUAUGGCUAUACGGUCCUUCGUCACUCGCCAGGUAUGCCUAAAGCUUUACAAAUAUUAAGAUUAUAAUGUUGCCUGAUUAGAUUAGACUUAGAGAGAGAAUAUUGAGCUCUAGUGGUGAAAAAUUUGUUGGUGAAUUUUAGGAAGAAUGCCGCCACGUAGAGGUGCACGCCGAGGAGGUGGCAGGGGAGGCAGAGGAGCCGGUCGUGGCCAACCGGCGGAGCAACCUGCCGCGCCGCCAGUCAACCCCGACGUACCAGUCAACCCUAAUGCACCGGUCACUCAGGCGGAUCUCGCCGCAAUGGAGCAGCGUUACCAGGCCAUGCUGCAAGCUGCUCUAGCGCCGUUCCUCGCUGCUCAGCAGAACCAGGCCGCCCCUGUUCAGGACCAGCCUGUAGUCCCUCCAGCCCCUGUUCAGGACCAGCCCGUCAUCCCUCCAGCCCCGGUGGAAGCUCAGCCGGUGCCAGUACAACUGUCAGCUGAGGCCAAGCACUUGAGGGAUUUUAGGAAGUACAACCCGAAGACUUUCGACGGAUCCUUGGACAACCCCUUUAGAGCCCAGCUGUGGUUGACAUCCAUAGAGACGAUCUUCAGGUACAUGAAGUGCCCAGAAGACCAGAAGGUGCAGUGUGCAGCUUUCUGUUUGGAGGAUAGGGGGACUGCCUGGUGGGAGACUGCUGAGAGGGCGCUGGGAGGAGAUGCCAGCAAGAUCACAUGGGAGCAAUUCAGGGAGAGCUUUUAUGCUAAGUUCUUCUCUGCCAACGUGAAGCACGCCAAGCUCCAAGAAUUCCUAAACUUGGAGCAAGGCAAACUGAGCGUGGAACAGUAUGAUGCCGAGUUCGACCUGUUGUCCCGUUUUGCCCCUGAUGUGGUAAGGGAUGAGGCCGCCAGGACUGAGAGAUUUGUUAAUGGCCUCAGGUUAGACCUCCAGGGUUUUGUACGAGCUCUUCGACCAACCACUCAUGCGGAUGCUCUACGCAUAGCACUGGAUCUGAGCCUGCAUGAGAGAGCUGGUCAAUCUAAGGUUGUCGGCACAGGGUCAGCCUCGGGACAGAAGAGGAAGGCGGAGGCGCAGCCCGACGUAAUACCACAGCGGACUCCGAGGUCAGGAGGUGUCUUCCAGAGACACCGUCGGGAGCUGGCAGCAGCUGGGAGAACUUUGAGAGAGCUACCCACUUGUACUACCUGUGGGAAGGUCCAUGGAGGACAAUGUUUAGCUGGGAGUGGAGUCUGCUUCAGGUGCAGGCAGCCGGGGCACACCGCUGAUGCGUGUCCUCGGAAACCCUUAGAGACGGCGCCACGUCAGCCUUCUGCUCCCCAGCAAGGGAGAGUCUUUGCCACGAACCGGCAGGAGGCCGAGCGAGCUAGUACGGUGGUGACAGGUAGAGGACGAGGUAAGGGCAAAGGCAAGCUGGCGAGCGACGUGAAGUGACCGUGGCGAGCCAUAGGGGUUUUCCUGCUUCCGCACAUGUUUUACUUUACAGUUAAAUUCAUGUUUCGGCUUUCUGCAUAUUUACUUUGGUUAUUUUUGUAGAUAGGGCCCGCUUAGGGAUUUAAACUUAACUCGUAUUUCUACAUGUUACUUUAACUAUCUUUCAUAAAUAAAUUUGCUAGAUUUCUUUGCAUUUAUUUACACCAGAUUUUAUGACUUAAACACUGAUCCUAGAUUUAGUAACCACUUCGAUUCAGCAUAAAGAGUCGGGUCGUUAC